GGCAGCGGGACGCGUGCGUACACACUGCAGUGAGCUUCCUACUGGUCAUUCCCUCAGGAGGCUUCCAGUAGGGCAGAAGCACCGCUGAGGGCGGUGGUGUCCCGCCAAGCUGCUCGUGGUUCUGCAUCAUGAGCUCCUCCGACAGCAAAGAGCAGCCCCUGGUGCCCAGCCAGCAACCCUCAGACGUGGAGUCCCUGCACCUGGUGUCCCACGAGGUUCCAAUAGGAGCACAGGCUGUGGGGCAGCUGCUCCCCAGAGAUGGGAGCCCCACCACAUGCAGCAGCUCAGAAGACUUGGGAGAACGCACCACUAAAGAUGUCCUCGGGGUCCUGAGUGACUCUGCAGCAUGUGUGCCACUGCAGGCCGAGUUCAGACAGUCGUUCACCAGCAAGCUGCCGACCAGGAAGGCAGCAGCUGGGCUGGCAGGCAGCAGGAGUGGGGCCAGGGCAAGUUACCUGCCCCAGGCCUCCCCCAGCAAGGCGGUCCUGGACAAGAAGGGCCCGGCUGGCAGCGCCACCCUCGGCGCCAUGGGGAGGAAGACCCAGGGUCUCCUUUCAGAAUGUCUACCAGGACCCAGGCCUUUCCCACUCAUGGCUGACGUUCCAGCACUCGGCCGAGGUGGGCAAGGCACCAUGGCCCUCAGGGGCUCCAGACUGCCCAGACGCCAUCCUAGGAAGAAGCCAAUGUUCGGCAGCAUGAGGGAGAAUGCCAUGCUGGCCCAGGAUGAUGCCACCGGGAAGAAGCAGCCUGCCACCCAGGAACAAUUUCUAGCAGACAGAACAAGACUGUCUCACCCGGCUGCAUACCAUGGAGCAUGUCAUAAGGCCGGGCCCAAGAGCAAGAGCAGACAAGACCCUGGAGGUACACAGCCCUUUGUUGUGGUGCAGGAAGACAUCCAGUCCAGGCCAUCACUGCUCUCAGAUGCACACAGGCCACCUCCGCGCCGUCAGCGAAAGGGAAGGAGGCAGCUUCCGCCCAGGUUGCAGUCUUGUCAUCGAUGUCACCUGCUAGAGAGACAUAUCAGCCGCCUGCAAGAUCAAAUAGAAAAGCUGCAGUGUGUUGAUGGCAAGUCUCAGGUGGAUGGAGGUGAGUGGCACCAGUUCCAUGCCCUUUCACGCUCAGAGCCUUCAGGGAGUCCCGAGACUGCCCCCGACUGGUGGAUGCUGUCUGACUCUGAUCUCCUCGCUGAGUUAAAAGCAGCACCCGCAUCCCCAGAAGAUGCUGGGCCUUUUUGAGCCGAGGAGCUCCAGCACCGUGUUUCCCCUUGUCUCUGUGCCUGAUGGCAGGGCUCUGCUGAGAUGCUCUGUCAGCACUUGAUCUAUUUCCU